GACCGGAAGAUUUCUUAGAAGCUGGAUGAAUUAACAGAAUAGGUUAAUAAACACAUAUCGUUUUGGCAUAUCGAUUUACUAUUAACUGACUACUGAUAAGGUCUCGGUCAUUCCCAUCAGAUCAAGCAGGGGUUGCUCGCCGAGCUUGUUCACGUAAGAAGUACUUGGAGUAUGUCUGUGAGAUUCUCAAAGACUACAUACUACGUAUGCUGGGUGCUCCUCGUCAGUUUUGGCAUGUACAGUCUGUAUAUGAACCUUUCAAAAGAGGCGCUCGGCAGACAACGAAGACAGAUUGGAAUCAGCGUUCGAUGGUCCUUAUAGUCAUAUCAAUUUCAUAUGAAGAGGUAACUUCGACCAUCCGGACCUCCCUUUUGCUCGAGAAAAUUUGGCAAACGUUCGCUUAGGUGACGACGAAAACGGACUAGAUUACUUGAAAAAUUGGAUAGUUCGCCAUUUUUUCUCAAGACUCGAUAACUUGCCCGUAUUUCGACGAAAGCCUGAAACGCAGCACAUUGCAUGCGGAAGAAUACUUGAUGGAGACAAGGCUUACAUCAAGAACAUCACCCUCAAACGCAUAAAGCUACGUAACCGCGAAUUGAACAUGACCUGCAAGGAAGUAAAAGCCCGUAUAUUACCACCGAGAAGUCUGAAGAAGUUAGAGUUUGGAGUGGCUCAUGCUCGCAUUGUAUACGAGAGCUACGAAUUUAUUGAAGACGAAAUACGAUCCAGUUACCACCCGCAGAAUUUCUUCUGUUUCUCGGUUGACAAGAAAGCCAAAGAAGAUUUGUACUCCAAGAUAUCUACGCUAUCGAAAUGUCUACCCAACGUAAUCAUAAACCCAAUGCGCUAUUCCAUUAGCAGCGGAGGACGUAAUAUGAACCAGGCCCAUUACGAUUGCCUCAAGCUUCUUUCUAAAUUACAGGGCUGGCAGUAUGCCAUAUUACUUCAGAAUUACGACAUGAUGAUCAAAUCCGUGUAUGAGACUGUGGCGAUAUUGCAUGAGCUCAACGGAGCAAAUGACAUUUGUUCAAGGCCUUGCGAAAGCAGAAGAUGGAAUCAUACAGCAAAAUGGGAUGCGCGUUCACUCAAGCUUUUCCGAAACGAGUCACAAGCAUCGGCAACCCAGCUAGCAGCCAAUCUAACAAUAGUACGACACAUGGUACAGUCUACAAUAAGCAGAGCUGCUGUUGAAUGGGCUGUUAAAACCGUUGAUUUGAGUACGCUUAUCAAACAAAUCAACACAGCUAUAUAUGGUUCAGACGAGCUGCUUUGGGCCGCAUUGCAAAUGAGCGACGAUUUGCAAAUGCCAGGAAGAUUUACUCAGAAAUGCAAGCAAAAUUUCGUACCAUGCAUUACAAGGACAGCAUUUUGGUCCCGCCAAAAAAACAUAAUUCGAUGCCCAAAGUAUAGACAUAGCGUCUGCGUGUUUGGUAUUGAAAACCUGCAGUUUUUAUCUAAGAGUAAAACCUUAAUGGCUAACAAGCCUUAUCCUGCUUUUGAUUAUGCAAUUGUUGAUUGCAUGCAUGAACUACUCUUUAACCGUACACACUUAGACCAGGUCGAUCAUAAUCUGGAUCUGCAAUUCUACAGAUCCCUUGAGAACGUUCGUUACCAUAAAAACCUUCUCAACCCCAAUCCUGACUACAAACUACGCUGCCCAUCCGGAGACAAAAAAUCAUGAAGCUUCCGAUCUCAGACAGUUUUUGAAGUCAGCUAUUUUUUUGAGGAAUAAAGAUAUUUUGUGUGUUUUGGUAAGAAUAUGUAGACAACUCACAUACGUGAGAUUGUUUAGUAGUCGAAGUGUCUUCUUACAAACAGC